GUUGAUUGCUAUCCACACGUAUAAAAGCGUUGAUGAUCAAUGAUUCUGGCCGCUAUUAAUGGCUUGGCGCUUCUCCUCCUUCGUCUCCACAAUCGAAUCCUCAAAAACCCUAAACCCUAACUUUUUCUCCUCCACAGCCCCAUUCUCCACCUCCUUCCUCGUCACCAAAACCCCCAAAAAGUUCAAGAAAAAACGUAAGUCCAAGCCCAGCCCUCGAACCACUCCGGUCCAAACUCAGCCCAACCUCAUCCCCUCUCUCGAGCGCAUUCUCCACCGCGACGCCCUUCUACGCUUCGUCACGCGCUCCAAGCAGUUCCUCUCCGCCCAGCCGGAGCACGUCCUCCGCCUCGAUGACGCCGGCAAGCUCCACCGCGAGCUCGGAUUCCCGCGCGGCCGUAAGGUCUCCCGCUUCCUCCAGCGCCACCCCCUCCUCUUUCAAACCUACCGUCACACCGACGGCAAGUCAUGGCUUGGCUUCACUGAUCUCAUGGAGGACCUUCUCGCUGAGGAGCACUCCCUCAUGGACGCAAUGGAACUGAACCGCGUCGAGAAGGUUCGCAAACUCCUUAUGAUGUCCGCUCGCAACCGCAUUCCCUUGAGCAAAAUCCACCACUGCAGAACACUCUUUGGCAUCCCCGAUGAUUUCCGCGACAGGGUCGCCAAAUACCCUGACUUUUUCAAAAUAGCGGUUGAUAGCGACGGCAAGAGGGUGCUGGAGUUGGUGAAGUGGGACCCGCUUCUCGCCGUGAGUGCUCUUGAGAGGGAGUUCGUUGUUAACGAGGAUUCGGCUAAGCGGAAGUUUAGGUUUCCGGUGAAGUAUGGGAAGGAUUUGGAUUUGGAAUUGGACGAUAAUAGGAAGCUUGAUUUGCUGAACUCGCUUCCCUUGGUGUCUCCCUAUUCGGAUGGGCAUAGGUUUGAUUUGUGGACGUUGGAGGCGGAAAAGUAUCGGGUUGGGUUGAUUCAUGAGUUCUUGAGCUUGACGUUGGAGAAGAGGGCAUCCAUUCAUCACCUUGUGGAGUUCAAGGAGGAGUUUAGUUUGACGAAGCAUACUUAUCAGAUGCUGCGGAAACAGCCCAGAGCGUUUUACUUGGCCGGGACUGAGAUGAAUUGGGCUGUGUUCUUGAAGGAUGCCUAUGACGAGAAUGGGGCUAUGAUUGAGAAGGAUCCCCAGGUCUUGUUUAAUGAGAAGCUUUAUAAGUAUGCUCAGGUAGACCAAAUGGAACAUGAUCCCGGGGUGGAAGAGCAUCAUUUUACUUGAUGUUUUUGAGUUGAUUGCGUUGUGCUUCCCAGGAAGAGAAAUUUGUGCAGAGUGAGGAGAAUGAAAUGGGUUUGAAAGUCAAGAAAACAAAGACUGAUUGGAAUUUGGAACUCUUCCAUUUUAAGGGUGCUCUUAAACAGAAAUCAAAUGACUAUUUUAUAAGGGAAUUGAAAAAGAUUAGAGUGUCUUUGGACAAUUUAACCAAUGCUGGUUAAUUGCUUCACGGGUCCUCUUCGACUCCAUAGUUUUUGUACUGUAAUUCUUCGUUACUCAUUAAAAUAAAGUAUACAAUCAAUACUUCCUCAA